AUGGAUGCCUUCUACGAGAUGCAGCUCAGGUUUCUUGCUCAGAUCGACCGUCCAGAUAGUUUAAGGUUUUGGCGAACGUCUAAUGGUUCCAUGGAGCGACCUGAGUUUUGGUCCACCUUUUGCGAGCUUCUAUGGAAUAGAAUAGAGGAGUUUUGGGAUGUACGAGCCGAUAAAUUUGAACGAAAGAUGCUUACUCAGCUACUAAGGGUGGCGCGCCAUGAGGAGCUUUUCGUUUCGCAAGGAAAUGGAGACGGAGUUAUCUAUGUACUAUCUGGAAAUUUAGACUGGUACAGAAGCCUCGGGUCAAAAGCUCAUGACAGAGACGAACGACUACUGCUUAGUGCUACCGACAUGGGCCUUGCUGUGUAG